AUGCCCCUCGACGACGACGACAACCCCGCCCUCGCCCCGCCAGCACCCUACCUCUCCUCCGCCCUCCCCGCGGACACGGCCACGGCCGCAGCCCCCGCCGCCACAGACGACCUCACAACGGAGGACCUGAUCGAAGACGAAGGGGCGGCGUCGCAAGACUUCCGGGCGUUUGCGGCCGCACUGCAGUUCCGCAAGACGGCGGGGGUGUCGGCGCAGACGAUCCGCCGCGGCGAGAAGGACUUUGAGGCGCACGGCACGCGCGCCCAGGCCGACGCCCUCGAGCAGAGCCGCGGGGCGAUGCGCGAUGUGCUGUCGUAUACGCGCGUGCAUGCGGCGGGGAGAGGUGGGAAUUUGGCGAGGGGAUGGUAUUUCCCCGGUUGGUGGGAGGGGUAUAGGGAAGAGGAGGUGGAGGAGGGGAAGGAGGGGGAGAAGAAGCCGUUUGGGUUUGUGAGGGAGAGAGUGGUGGUGUUGGAGGGUUCGUCGGUGGCGAGCCAGGCGCUGGGGAGGGCGGUCACGGGACAGGCGAAGGACAGGCCUGCGAGGGGGAGGGAUUGGUUGUUGCCGGAGGAGGCGUUGUAUCUGGUUGAGAGGGGUUCGUUGGACCUGUGGUGGCCGUUGAAAGGGUUGGAGGAGCUCUUUCCCCCGGAUGGGACCGCGGAGGCUGUGAAGGAAGACGGCGAAGAGGACGACGAGGACGACGAGGUGGAUGAGUACGACGUUGGUUUUCCGCUCAGUCUCCAGGCGGCCUAUGCACUCCUCAUCGGCGAAGACGGCGAGCGAGGCAAGAUCAGCCUCCAAAAAUUCCAGGUCUAUUCGAAUCUCAAACGAUGCGGCUACAACAUCCUACGAGCGCCGCCCACCGUCAACCACCCCACCACGAAACCAGCAACGACCACCCCUUUGGCAAUGGUUCGCCUCACUCCUCACCGCGACCCCCCACCAUCCUCCCUACGGCCCAAAUGGACCAAACUCCGACACCCACCACCGGACUUCCAGCUCGCGGUCGUCGACGCGCAGGCCUCGUCGGUCCCGACCGGCGCCGAGAUCACCGCCCUGCUGGGCGCUACCCCGCCGGCGCCCGGAAAGCCGGAGUGGACCGGGCCCGGGCGCAUCUACGCGCGCCUGAAGCACGGCUACCGCAACGUGCUGGUCGCCGUCGUCGAUCACGGCGUCAUCAACUAUAUGCGCUUUGCCGAGGGUGGGUCAGUGUAG